AUGAGCAAACCAUGGAUGGUAACCUGUAGCAACUGUGGAGGCAUGGUUACUUCGGUUAAUGAUACUAUUAUAGAUUUGGUAGGAAGUUUUCCUCUGCUUUUAAUUAUAGUGUCCUCACUGUCAUUGCCGACUUGGGGAGAGUAUUAUCCGUUGUGGAUUCCCAUUGUAGGUGAACCUCCCAAGUCAGAAGAAUCGGAUACUGCUGAACGCAGUGCAUAUUUUAUAUACAACAUGGUCGAUUUAAAUAAAAACGGAAAACUUGAUUGUAAAGAAUUACAAAGUGCUUUGAGUGUUGGAGGCCUCCAGUUUUCUCUUCCUACUGUAAAUAUUCUGCUUGCUAAGCAUGAUAGAAAUCGGAAUGGUCAGCUAGAAUUUGAAGAGUUCAAGUCUUUAAUCGAUGAAGUUUGGAGGUGGAAGGAAGCUUUUGAUUACUUUGACACAGACAAAAGCGGAUCUAUUGAUUUCGGCGAGCUCCAACAGGCUCUUAUUAUGAUAGGUAUCAACUUAUCUCCUACUACAUAUCAAACUGUAUUCUUUUCCUCCGAUACAGAUCGUUCUGGAUCAAUAUCAAUGGAUGAGUUCAUUAAGCUAGUAACUGAGUUACAGCUCUCUCAAAUUCGAUAUAUGGAGCUAGAUAGAGAUGAAUCUGGAAGAGUCAAUAUGUCUUAUGAUAAAUUUGUGGAUCUUAUUUUUUCGAUUCGCACAUAA